UUCGUUCAUUAGGUUCGUCUGAUUAUAGUAUGAGCGUUGUCUCUUGGCGCUUGCUCAGUUGCUCAUUCUCAUCUUAUUAUGGCGAUCGUCGUUAGUGUGUGUUGUAUUUAAUAAUAAUUGAACGUCUUUGUAAUAGUAUUAUAGCCCUACUGCUUUGUAAUCACGAAUAUUGAUCUAUCCUACUUCUUCGCUGUUUCGGUGCUGGUGCAUAUCGCUCUGUAUUUCGGCAUUGUCGGGUGUGAUUUCGUUGCUUUUAAUAUGAUAUUGUAGAUUCGACUCAUAAUGUGUGUCGAGGAACAAUCAUGUAUGUCAAUUGGUUGCUGAACUUCUGGGAAGAUUUUCGACUAGAGUUUCUUAGACAUGUCGUAAACACAACUGUAUACGACCUCCAAAACAAAAUAGUUUAAUUGGCGUUCUUCAAGACUACAUUUCAAGACUGAAUAUCAUCACUUAUGAGACUGAUGAAAAAACCAUUCGUUCAAAUUAAAAAUUAUAUUAUAAAAUAAUAUAAUUUAGUGAAAUAAUCAUUGUUCUUCAUCAAAAACUAGAAAAACUUCAAUAUUUACAAUGGAAAAUCCAGACGAAUCACUUAUGCUUGCUGUUGGCACGAAAGUUUGUGCCAAGUACAAAGGAGCAUUUUGCGAAGCAAAAAUUAUAAGUAUAUCAAAAAAUCUCCAAAACAAAGUUCAAAAUAAUACUAAUAGAAAAUCAAAACCUUGCACAGGCAAUUCAGUAAAAGGACAAUUAAAGGUUGGAAAAAAUGUUGCCAUAAGAAGUAAUGAAAUAAAUGAUAUAGUUCAAGGAACUGUUUUAAAAGUACAAGAUUGUAGUCUAUACACAGUUGUAUUUGAUGAUGGAGAAAUAGCUUGCUUAAAGAGAAAAGCAUUACAUUUGAAAAGUGUAAAAUACUCAGAUACUAGUUCUAUUCUCGAUAAACUUCCGCUUAACAAUCCAGAACACAGUGGUAUAACUUCUGUUGUAAAAGGUCUUAGAAGUCAAAAACAUCAAAAAGAUUUUGGGGAAAGUAGGGAAGAAAAAGCUGUAACAAUUGAGGAAAAAGAUAUUGGAAAAGUAGUAUGUGUACUAACUAAUAUAAAAAGGAAAAUAAAGGAUAAUUGGUUUCCUGGCUUGAUAGUUGCACCCACUUCACAAACCUCAAUCAGAACUAAUUUUUUAGUAAAUCAUCUAGUUCGUUCUUUUAAAGAUGGAAAAUACUAUACAGUACCAAAAAAAGAAAUAAUUGAAUAUACAAAAGAAAUUGGCGCUAAAGUGGAAAAUCGUACUCUUAUAACUGCUGUCAACAAAGCCAAUACCUAUUUUGACAAUGAUGAACUUCCACUUCACUGGAAUCGAGAUUUUUUAUUUGGUGUUGACUCAAUUUAUACUGAUACUUAUGAUGGCGAUAAUUCUAUUAAAGAAUCAAUUGAAGAAAAAGAUUAUUUUGUCGCGCAGUUAUUUAAAUUCAUGGAUGAUCGAGGAACUCCUCUUAAUCAAACUCCAGUGAUUAAUGAAAAGGAUAUUGAUUUAUAUAAACUGUUUAAGGUUGUCAAUAAUUGUGGAGGAUAUAACAAAGUUGAUAAAGAUAAUCAAUGGAUGUUUGUAUCAACUGAAGCUGGUCAUGAACAACAAUCAUAUUUAACUAUUAAAAAUUUCUAUCAAAAAUGUUUAUAUGGAUUUGAGAAUUUUUAUCGAAAAUUAGGUUGUACAAUGUUGAGUCCUCCAAGGAAAGGAAAAACUCGCAGCAGUUUUAGUCGUAGUAUUUUAAGAAACAUUGAUAAAAUAUUACCUAGCACAUCAUCUGAUAAAAAUAAAUAUGUAAAGAAUAAAACAAACAAUAAAAAAAAUAGGGUUUCCACAAGCGCUAAAAAUGUAGUCAAAGAUAUUAAAGUUGAUGAAAAACUUCAAAAAAGUAAUGAAGACAUUUCAAAAAAUAUUAGUAAUAGUAUAUCACUUAAUAAACAAUCAGUAAACCAGGACAUAAGAAAAAUUAAAGAUUCUGUUAAAAAUUUUAAAAUUAAAAUUGAGAUUGAUACUGACACAUUAAAUGAUAAUCAAAUCAUUGAAGAAGAAGUGAAAAAAGAAAAAAUUGCUAAAGUAAAUCCUACGAAUACUGGAUUACUAGGUAUAAAAACAAAUACAACUGAUGAAGAACAAACUAAAUCUUUUAUAAACAUAAUUACUGUAUUCAAAAUGUCAAAUAGAGGAUUUUCUUAUUACCAACAAAAUAUUUCAAGUACAGGAAAAUUUGAUGAGACCACUGAAAAGAAGAAGAAUGUUAAGAAGAAAAAAUAUAAUAAAAGGAAGACUUCAAACAAUAAUACAACAGUUGUUAAUGUCAAGGUUGAAACAUUUAAUAAAAAUUCAUCAGUGAAUAUUGGAGAUAAUUUAUUUUUACAGUAUAAACAAAAUCAAUUAUAUGAAUCAAAAGUCCUAGAAAUCCAUGAUUUUGAUGGUGUAAUAAAAUAUUACAUUCAUUACAUUGGUUGGAACUCAAGAUAUGAUGAGUGGAUUGAUAAAAAUAAAAUCAGGUUCAAAAUCAUUGAGAUUUCGCAUGGACUAGGAGAUCUUAUCAAUGAAGAUUUAUCUAAAAUUCGUACUUCAGAAAACAAUGAAAAAAUAAUGGCUGUUAGAAUGAAAAAAGAAAAUGAAAAUAAGACUAAAAACCAUAUAUCUCCAUUUGUGAAUAUAAAAUAUGAACCUGCAAGUGAUGAAGACUCAUCAGAGAUUGUUGAGAAUAAUGUAAAAAUAUGUUAUGGAAAUAAUCAAGACAUAAAAUAUGACUCAAAACACCCAGAAAAAAUAAAAACGAUUUGGAAGAAAAAGUACGAUGAAAUGAAAAUUUCAAACACUCCAUCACCUAUAAAUAUAAUAAAAGAUGAACCGAGUGAUGAAGAAUCACCAGUGACAGUUGAAGAUAAUUUGAUUAUAAAUUAUGGAAAUAAUCAAGCUUUAGAUGAAUUUAAUUAUGAUGAUUAUGAAGAUGAUGAUGACGACGAAUCACGAUUGGUGAUAGUAGAGGAACCUGAUUACCAAGGUGAUGAAAAUAUACAAACACAAUCUCUGUUACCACUAACAUCAAGUAUACAUCCUAAUGAAUUAGAGUUUCAAAGUUCAUAUCAAAUAAAAAUAAAUAACACUUCACUGAUAGAUACAGUUAAUGAAAGUACUAUAAGCUAUGACAAAAGUGUACAGAAUGCUCUUAUUUCAAGUUUUGAAAUGUCUUCAUACUCUAAAAAUUAUGAUAAUGAAGUUGAAAAAGUCAAUAAAUGUAUGGUACUACCAGAAUUACAAUUUAGAGAAAAAAUGGUAGAAGAAGACACUCUCAAUAACACUUUAGUUAUAAAAAACAAUCAUUAUGUUGCAGGAUAUGACAUUCAUAAACCUAGUACUAGUAAAGGUUUAUUUGAUUUGAUAUAUCAACCAGGUUCAAACAAAGACAGUUUCCGUGCAACUAAUACUAGUAAUGAUACAAAAAAUAGUUUCUUUGUAACUAAACAAGUUGUCAAUAAUAAUAGUUUUGAUACAAACAUUCCUUGCGAAAGUAAUUUAUUUGAUAACAAUACUCCAAGUACUAGCAAAUAUAGUUUUUAUGAAAACUGUAUGCCUAGUACUAGUAAACAAUUUUAUAAUCCAGAAGCUGAUGUAAAUAGCAUACUAUUACACAAAAAAGCCAUACCAGGUAGUUCAAACAGUAUGGCACUUGAACAAUAUUAUCAAGAGGAUACAUUGAAGAUGAUUAGAAAAUUCGAUGAUAAUGAAGUAGACGCUUUUUUAGGACUGUAUACUAUGUCUCAAUCUUCUGAUAAGCCAAUGGUUUUUAUGGCAAAUACUACUGAACAAAAUAUAGAAGAAGACACUAAUCUUCAUCUAAAUGAGAAUCAAAAAAAAUUAAAUACACAUGGUUUAAAUGAACCUUCAACCUUGGGAAUAAUUAAGAUAACGGAAAAAUCAUUAUCCAAACGCAGUAUUAGCAACAGUCCUAAACAAUCAUCAAAACGUAUAAAAUUGUCUACUACUACUAUUCCAAAUGUUCCUAUCUCUACAGUUAAUCAAGAUGUGAUUCUGAUGCCCAAAGUAAAUGACAAAAACUAUUAGUUAAUUAAGUAAGUAAAGUUACAUUUUUAAUGUUUAUAUAACUCGUGAUUGUGUUUUAAAGUUUAAAUGAUUUAUAUUACCAUUUAUUGUUAUACUAAAUUAGUUAAAAUAUUAUACAUAAUAUUAUUAUGACAAAUAAUCUCUUAGACCACAUGAUGCGGUUGGUGAAUAAAAGCACCAUUUAUCAUAACUGAUAAAAUUAAAAUUAAGUGUUACUACUUCUAUUAUACUCGUAUAUGUGCUAUCAUUAUACCAGCGGUUCUUAAAUUUUUUUUUCACGGAGCCCUUGAGAUACUAAAAAGUUCACAUAGUCCCAAAAACUUGAAAUACCAAUUUUACAACUCAUAAAAAAUUAUGGAUCAAUAAAUUGCUAAUAUAAAAACUUAAUACAAUACAUAAAUGUAACUUGUAACAAUUUAACGAAUAGUAAUGUAUGAACUUAAUUCAGAUAUUCUCGUGGAGCCCCUAGAUUAGUUUCGCGGAGUCCUAGAGCUCUGUGAAGCACAGUUUGAGAACCACUGAUUUAUAUUAUUAUUGCAAUUAUUAUCUUAUAUAAAUUUUAUAUAAUCUUAUAUUAUUUAAAUUGUUAAUUGUGUUAUGUUUUAAAUUAUUGUAUAGAGUUCUGUUAUUAAUAAAGAUAAAUAAAUAAAUAAUAAUAAAAAAAAAUAACUAUUAAUUUAUGGUAAAAUUCAACACUUUUGACAUACUAUAAUUUAUAAAAUAUAUCACACAAUAAUUAUAUUCGCUCAUUAAAUUUACAUGAAAAUUAAGUUCCAAGACUGAAUUCUGCUCAAUAGCAAGCUGCGAUAAUAGAAAAAAUGAAUAAACUAUGGAUUAUUAAACAUAAAUAUCAAAAAUUUAAACUUGAUUUAAAUGUAUUUGUUAAAGUAUGGGAAAUAAUUAGGAAAAAUAUUACGAAAGAAUAAAAAGAAAAAGGCAAAAGCCGCUCUACUAUGAAUCAAAAUAGUUAAAUCUAAUUAAAAGUUUAUUUAUAUAAUCCUCCUAUUAGAAUUUUAAAAUUGGUAUAAAGUUAGCUAUUUAAUAUAAUAUUAUUGAAAAUAUGUUGUAUAAUACUACAUACUUUAUUUUAUUGAUUUAUUUUAAACCUCCAACAUCCA